UGGAGUGGAAUAUCUGAUUGCUCGCUUCGCGAGGGAAACCGAUCGUAACUGAUCCGACUAAAGCACGACCUUGAGCAAAAUGAUCAAGGGGGCGCUGUUACUACUCUUACUAGUCCUCUUCGGUGCCUUCGAUGCUCCUGGCAUCGGGAGAGUUCGCGUGAGAUAUCUAGCGAAGGCUGGUAACACCUGUAACGCUUGUAGAAUGCACGAGGAGAUCAGAGCCCUCAGCCUCGAAGCCAUUAAGGAACAAAUUUUGAACAAGUUGGGCCUGAAACAAGCUCCGAACAUGACGGGCAGAGCUUUGCCAAGAAUUCCGCCGAUUUCGAAGUUGAUGGAUAUGUAUGGGAUGCAAGCGGAUCAACCGCAACCGCUCGAGCCCGGUAUCUCGCAUCACGAGGAGAUUGACGAAUACGCUGCCAAAACGGAGAGCGUCUUUGCCCUGGCGCAACCUCAUCAGAGGCUACGGCACUCGAAAGGCAGCCUCGACGUUCUCUAUUUCAAAUUCUCGGACAAAGUGGUACAGCAUCGCGUGACGAGGGCGGAAUUAUCCCUAUGGAUAUGGGGAAGUAACCAAGACGCCUCGGAACUGGACGAAGCGGGAGAUACGGGCUCGGAAAGCACGGAGAACCAUGGUGAUGGUCCGGUGACGAUCACGUUGCAAAGGAUUCUUCGCGGGUCCACCGAAACGGGAGGAUCGUCGCUGGGUCCACCUUUAACCACGAAACAUCCUCGACCGAUCGGUUGCAGAGGCAACUGGGUAACGAUCGAGUUAAGAAGGAUGGUCGCGGAAUGGUUCAAACAUCCACGGGACAAUCUCGGAGUAGCGCUCAAGAUCUCCGGUCCCGGUGGUAAUCAUCGGAAAAAUUCGAAAUUGAUCGAGACUAAUCCCGGGGCGGAGUACGCGCCCUAUCUCGAAGUACAGAUGCAAGAACUCGACUCUAGAAGAGGGGCGAGGAUCAAGAGAAACGUAGGACUUAAUUGCGACGAAGCCAGCCAAGAGACCAGAUGUUGUCGGUACAAGCUCACCGUGGACUUUGAGAAAUUUGGUUGGGAUUGGAUAAUCGCGCCCAAGAAGUACGAUGCCAAUUACUGUUCGGGCGACUGUCCAAUGGCCUUUCUGCCGGCAUAUCCAAACACCCACAUCGUCAGCCUGGCGGAACCGCCUAACAACUCUGGUCCAUGUUGCGCCCCGAGAAAACUCUCCGAGAUCACGAUGCUAUACUUCGAUAACGAGUAUCAAAUCGUGUUCUCGCGAUUACCAGGCAUGGUCGUCGAGAGAUGUGGAUGCUCAUAGUCCACUUUUAUAGAUCGAGAAUAGCAACGACGACGAGGAAGAUGUCGAGGCUCGUUUAACUCGUUAUAGCAUUUAUACUGCAAAUAUCCAUCGAUCAUAUUUUUCUCCGACUAUUCUCUUAUUCUCUAUUCUCUAUU